UGACUGUAGCAGGUAGCUUAGCUCUCCACAGCAGAGCUUCUCCAGUCGCCUCUAAAAUGGCUGUUGUCGAAGAUGGAGAGUGAAUAAAAACACAGCAUUCAACAGAGGGAGACCAAAACACGAAAAACAAACAAACCGGAUAUUUAACAUUUCUUUUUGAAGGGUGCUGUGGUGCUAAGCAGCAAUCAUGGACACCACCACUUCAAUAAAGAUGACUACUAUAGCCAUCCAGAAUCUCUUCAGUUAUGUGGAAGAAGAGAACCUGGCUGCCCUCAAAGCCCACCUGGAUAAAUGUAAAGAGGUGGACGGUCGGAGUGAUAAUGGACAAACACCACUGAUGCUGGCUGCAGAACAGGGCAGUCUAGAGAUCGUCCAGGAGCUCAUCAGAAGAGGCGCCAAUGUCAACUUGGACGAUGUGGACUGCUGGUCUGCAUUGAUCUCAGCGGCUAAAGAGGGGCAUGUGGAAGUGGUGAAAGAGCUUCUGGACAGCAGUGCUUACAUUGAGCACAGAGACAUGGGGGGCUGGACUGCUCUUAUGUGGGCUGCCUACAAAGAUAGAGUGGUGGUUGCAGAGAUGCUCUUGGAGAGCGGGGCCAAUCCCAACACUACAGGACAGCAGUACAGCGUCUACCCCAUCAUUUGGGCUGCUGGCAGAGGUCACAGUGAAAUAGUUAAACUCCUGUUGAAGCAUGGAGCCAAAGUCAACUGCUCUGACAAGUAUGGCACCACUCCGCUGAUCUGGGCCGCUAGGAAGGGCCACUAUGACUGUGUUAUGCACCUGCUAGAGAAUGGAGCUGAUGUUGACCAGGAGGGCGCAAAUUCAAUGACCGCUCUGAUCGUGGCUGUGAAAGGUGGUUACACUGAGGUCGUGAAGGAGCUUCUGAAGAGAAACCCCAACGUAAACAUGACUGACAAGGAUGGAAACACGGCAUUAAUGAUUGCUGCCAAGGAGGGCUACACAGAGAUUGUUCAGGAUCUGCUGGAUGCUGGAACCUAUGUUAACAUCCCAGACAGGAGUGGUGACACAGUACUGAUAGGAGCUGUGAGAGGAGGGCAUGUUGAAAUUGUGAGAGCUCUGUUACAUAAGUAUGCUGACAUCGAUAUCAGAGGACAGGACAAUAAGACAGCUCUGUACUGGGCUGUGGAGAAGGGCAAUGCCACCAUGGUCAGAGAUAUCCUGCAGUGUAACCCUGACACUGAGACCACCACCAAGGAUGCUGAGACUCCCCUUAUCAAAGCCACCAAAAUGAGAAACAUUGAAAUAGUGGAACUGCUCCUGGACAAAGGGGCAAAAGUAUCUGCUGUGGAUAAAAAAGGGGACACGCCUCUUCAUAUUGCUAUACGUGGAAGGAGCCGCAGACUGGCUGAGCUGCUUCUGCGCAACCCUAAAGAUGGUCGCCUGCUCUACAAGCCCAAUAAGGCAGGAGAGACGCCGUACAACAUCGACUGCAGCCACCAGAAAAGCAUUCUUACCCAGAUCUUCGGGGCCCGACACCUGUCCCCCACUGAAACAGACGGGGACAUGCUGGGUUAUGACCUGUACAGCAGUGCCCUGGCUGAUAUCCUUAGUGAGCCCACAAUGCAGCCUCCCAUCUGUGUAGGCCUGUACGCCCAGUGGGGCAGUGGCAAGUCCUUCCUACUCAAGAAGCUAGAGGAUGAGAUGAAGACGUUUGCAGGACAGCAGAUCGAGCCUCUUUUUCAGUUCUCCUGGCUGGUGGUCUUCUUGUCUCUCAUACUGUGCGGCUCUGUUGCUCUGCUACUCGGUUUCACCGUGGACCCAAACCUGGCCAUCGCUGUUUCACUCAGCCUGCUCGCUCUGCUCUACUUGUUCUUUGUGGUUGUGUACUUUGGCAGCCGACGUGAAGGUGAGAACUGGAACUGGGCCUGGGUUCUUAGCACCCGGCUCGCUCGCCACAUCGGCUAUCUGGAGCUUCUGCUUAAGCUUAUGUUUGUUAACCCUCCUGAGCUGCCUGAGCAGACCACAAGGGCUUUGCCGGUCAGGUUCCUCUUUACAGACUAUAACAGACUGUCCAGUGUGGGUGGAGAGACCUCCAUGGCUGAAAUGAUUGCCACUCUUUCAGACGCCUGUGAGAGGGAGUUUGGCUUCAUGGCCUCCAGACUUUUCCGUGUCUUUAAGACAGAGGACACUCAAGGUAAAAAGAAGUGGAAGAACACGUGCUGCAUCCCAUCAUUCGUCAUCUUCCUCUUUAUCCUGGGCUGCCUGAUCACUGGCAUGGCCCUGCUCGCUGUCUUUAAAGUGGACAGCCAAAACCAGACGGUAAACGCAGUGCUGGUUGCCAUGGCAAGCGUGGUGGGUUUGGCUCUCGUGCUGAACUGCAGGACGUGGUGGCAGGUAACCGACUCUGUGCUGAACUCUCAGAGAAAGAGGCUGCAUAGUGCUGCUAACAAGAUGAACAAACUCAAGAGUGAAGGCUUCAUGAAGGUGUUGAAAAGUGAGGUGGAACUCAUGGCUAAGAUGGCCAAGACUAUCGACAGCUUCACCCAGAACCAAACACGCCUGGUUGUCAUUAUUGAUGGUCUGGACUCCUGUGAGCAAGACAAAGUUCUGCAGAUGUUGGAUACGGUAAGGGUGCUCUUCUCCAAAGGCCCUUUUAUCUCCAUCUUUGCCAGUGACCCUCACAUCAUCAUUAAAGCCAUCAACCAGAACCUGAACAGCGUGUUGCGCGACUCCAACAUCAACGGCCACGACUACAUGCGCAACAUCGUGCAUCUGCCCGUCUUUCUUAACAGUCGAGGCUUGAGCAGUGCUAAGAAGAUGUGUGCACCAGCUCCAGCCAACGGAGACACCGGCAACUCUGAGGGCUGGCAUGAGGAGCUGGACAGGAAGCUUUCUCAGAACAGUUUGGGUGAAAUGGCUAAACUGGGCAGUAAGACUACACUGAAUCGCAGGGACACAUAUCGCCGGCGUCAAAUGCAAAGGUCAGUCACACGUCAGAUGUCCUUUGACUUGUCCAAGCUGCUUGUUUCUGAGGAUUGGUUCAGUGACAUCAGCCCUCAGACCAUGCGCAGACUGCUCAACAUCGUGUCUGUCACUGGGCGCUUACUGAGGGCCAAUCAGAUCACAUUCAACUGGGACCGGCUUGCAUCAUGGAUUAACCUGACUGAGCAGUGGCCCUACCGCACAUCCUGGCUCAUCCUGUAUUUGGAGGAAACUGAUGCGGUCCCUGACCAGGCCACUCUUAAAACCAUCUAUGAAAGAAUUUCCAAGAAUAUUCCCACCACCAAAGACGUCGAGCCCUUGCUGGAGAUAGAUGGAGACGUGCGGAGCUUUGAGGUUUUCGUUUCCUCUCGUACUCCAGUCUUGGCUACUAGAGAUAUCCGCACCUUCCUUCCCUGCACUGUCAACCUAGACCCCAAACUCAGAGAGAUCAUAGCAGAUGUGCGUGCUGCUCGCGAGCAGAUGAACAUAGGCGGGGUCACGUAUCCCACACUGCCCCUGCAGGAUCCUGCUGCCCGUCCCACAUCCAUCUACAGCCAGCAGUCUUCAGCCUGCUCGCCAACCGCCUCCUACAAUGGGCCGUAUAACGCACCUGGCGUGUCCCCCCAGCCCCACAGCGCCUACUACAGUGGCAUGGUUGGCCCUCAGCACCCAUUUUAUAACAGGCCUUAUUUUCCCCACCAUGUUUACACGCUGCCUCGGCACUACGCUGGCAGUUUCCAUUCCGCUCACAUCUCUGCACCUCCACGUGUACACAUUAAAGCACCAUUUUCCAGGGAGCCUGGUACUGCAUUCCAGUGUAAGGUAGCGUCUAUGGAAAAGAAGCAGGGCACUGCGUCUGUGGUGUCUGCCACUCCAUCUGUGCUGCUCAGCUCCAUGAACACUGAUAUGGUGUGUGAGCGGCUUAAAGCCAUAGAAGGUAUCGACCGAGCCAUGCUAGCCCAGUACACUGCCACCAUCAAGCAGGCCAAUGUCAAUGGACGAGUGCUAUCACAGUGUAACCUAGAUGAGCUAAAGAAGGAGAUGAGCAUGAACUUUGGAGACUGGCAGCUCUUCAGAGGAACAGUGAUGGAUAUGUGUCAGUUGGAGAGCCAAAUCCUGCACGAGGAGGCUCCGAGUGAGCAGGGCAGCGUGGUGGGUCCCACAGAGCCUGUCAGGCACCGCGGGGCUCCAGGCCAUGGUGGACCUGCCAACACUGACUCCUCACCCAUGUACAACUUUAACCUGAGCUUUGAGGAGCUUUCCAACGUUGGACUGGAAGAGAUUCAAAGGAACCCCAAUCCUACAUGGAUGGGCACUACUCACCGCACCCCAAGUAUGUCCAGCCUGAACUCUAUGGAGUCGUCCAAUGAAAUCUGCAAGCUAACUGACAAGCAGCAGGCAGAGUACCACAACGCCUACCAAGAAUACAUUGCCUCAAUGUCACAGCUGGAGACCGGCAGUGGAAUGGAGAAGCCUGUGCAGCCCCAUCCUAACCAGUUCAUGCACUCCAGCUCUGACGACAAAAAUAAAGAUGGAGGAGACCAAGAUGGACGCAAGUCCUACGCCAAACGAGCAGGUGGAAAACCAUCGGUGGAUACCCCUGAUUUUGCUUCCAAUGAUGCCACUCUAGAUCCCAUCAGCGAGGAGGACGAGAAGGUCGAUCACGGCUCCUCCAAGUCUCUGCUCGGACGCAAAUCCUCUUCAGAUAAGUUGGGCAUCUUUCAGAAUGGCGACCUUAAGCUGAAAGCCAAUGGGGGCCUGCGCUACCAGAAACUGACCAGCGAUGAUGAAGAAUCAGAGGAGUCCGAUAACGCCCCAUUGAUCAAGGAGGCUAGAAAAGCAGAAGCCAAACGCACUGAGAAUGAAGAAUCAUCUUUAGCCAAGGGAAAGGAUUAUCUCUCUGAGAGCAUGCUGGAUAAGAAGGACUCCUCUGAUUCAGGUGUCCGCUCUAACGAAAGCUCACCCAAUCACUCACUGCAGGAUGAAGAGGCCGACCUGUCGCAGUCAGAAAGAACCAACCUGAUCGAGCUGGACGAGGACAGCCUGGAGAGUAAAAGAGGUCUGCCCAACAGCCUGAGCGGCCUCCAGGAUCCAGCUAUUGCACGCAUGUCCAUCUGCUCCGAGGAUCAAUGCAGCCUGCUGGCUAGCAGCCCCGAAGAAAGCUGGCCUUCGUCGAGAAGCUACAACCUGAACCGCACGCCCAGCAACAACACCCUCAACAACAACAGCAAUGCUCAGCAAGGAAACCGCCAGCGCCAGCCCAACGAGAGCUCCAAAACCACUGGGAGCGAGGUCAUUGUGGCCCCCGGAUCCAACACCACCUCCUCAACCUCCACCACUCAGAAUGAAAAUGUGCGCGUAGUGCACCUGAAGAGAGGCCUAAACCCGGGCGACCCACCCGAGAUCCGCACCAUCACUUCUGAUGCAGUCAUCUUUAGUGAGGAGCGAGAGAGCAUCCUGUAGGGACCCACCCUGGUCUCUGCAGGCUCUCCUUAAGAUUUCAAUGUGUGCUGCUGCUCAGUAGGGUUGAUGAUACGGCACAUCACGAUACUUUAAUAUUUUCAGUCGACACUGUGUGUAUCAAUUAAUUUGGCUAGUUUUCCUAACUUGAUACUGAGUAACAGCCAGAAUAAGACAAAAGCGCUGGCCUAUUAGCCAGAUUUGCCAUGGUUUUUGAUCCACUUACAGAUUAUAUGCAGUGGCUGCAUUUGAUAACUGUCACGACGCUGAUCGUUUAUGUAAACAUCAAAGCAACAUUAUGUAUCAGAAAAAGGAAAUGAUGGGAUUAUAACACCCCUAGUUAAAACUGACUUAAAACUUCUACCUAAAGGCCGCUCAGGUGGCGCAGCGGUAAAAACACAUGCUGGAACCAGAGCUGGGAUCUCAAAUACAUCGUAUCGAAUCUUGACUCUGCCUGCCGGCUAGGCUGAGCGGCCACAUGAACAACGAUUGGCCUGUUGUUCUGAUAACUAAUGCAAUUACGACCUCUGCUGGCUGAUUGAUGGCGCCUGCAAAGAGAUGAGAAAAGAGUGCUCUCAGGGUGUGUCUCUCCGUACACAGUGCUGAGCUGCACUGCACUAGUCAAAGUGUAGGUGAUAAGAUGCAUACGGCUGCUGCCCACGAGUCGGAGGGGGUGUGGGUUAGCUUCGUUCUUCUCAAUCAGAGCAGGGAUCGGCAUUGGUGGAGAGGAAGCAUGACGCAAUCGGGCAGUUGGACGCACUAAAAGGGAGAAAAAGGAGGAGAACUGUCAGUUUCACGCUAAAAGUAAUACACACUAUUGUAUAUGAAUCAUCACACCUGCCGCAGUCACGCACAAGUGAAGCUGAUGAGAACAAAUAGCAUUAAGUGUUUGGUAAGAAGUUUUAAAGCUGAACGACUUCUUGAUUGUCCAAAUGGCUCAUGAGUUUCUCUGUGUUCAUGUAAUCACAGAAAUUGUAAUCAACACUUUAAAGCAACGUUUGUCACUGUGUCUGAAAACCUCAACAUUUCGGCAGUUUAUUAGCUGUAAAUCUUUUACACGGUUACUCUCAUUAUAAGAAUCCAAACCCAUACCAUUCUAAUGUCCAACCAGUUUCUGGUUACAGUAACUGUAAUGUUAUAAUAUCACUGACACCUGAUAAUACACACAAUGUUAAAGUAUAUUAAUGUAUCGUGAUAUCAGUGUAUCACUCAGCUCUCCUGCUCCCAGCUCUUGGUGUUCGGUGUUGUGAUGGUGAUGCAUGCACAGUGAGAUGUUCUGGAGUGAUGUUCUAUUUCAGUGUUGAUUAGUGGUAGUUUAUCCACUGUAGUUUACUUGUUUAUGCUGCCUGCGUCUUUACUGCGUUGUAUUACCACUGGUCACUUUUAGAUUCAAUGUCUACGUUGAAAUUGUAUUUGUUAUUUAAUUAUGAUUUAAUGAUAUUCAGACAUAGUAUUACUGCAUCUGUCUAUUGAACAGUGAACGUUUUGAGCUUUAAUUGAAUGUUUAACUGACACUUGGUUAAAAAAAAAUACACUGACCAUAAAGUACCCCUGAACUUAACUACAUCAUUACAAAUGCUUGAAACCAUAAAACACGUUUUAACCAGUUUGUCUGUUAUUCUUUGGAUCUGUCGCAGCCUCCUUUUUUCAUUUAGUCAAAAUUGUCUAUUCGAUAAUGACAGAGACCUGAUGUUUUGCUUAUUUUGGGGAGGGGGGGUUAUUUAUUUUAACUUUUAAACCAGAACACAACCUCAUAUUCUUUGGUUUUGGUUUUCUUUGCGUCAUUUAUUUAUUUGAUGUACGUUUCCUUCCCUCCCUUUUCAAGCUCCGUUGGUGAUGGGUAGGGUGGGUGAGCUGGUGAGGCAGAGUAGUCUGUUCAACAUCUACCAAUGUUUUCAUUUGAAUUCCAGCUUGCCAUUCACCAGCUAUUCACUGUUUUACAUUUCAGCUGAAAAAACUGAAAAGACCAGAAUAAAUAUGCCAAUUAUUAUAUGAUUGUGCUAACCGGAAAUGUUUAGAUACAUGUUUAGCCAUUUUUGUGUGGUUAAAGGUGGCAUUAAAGACAGCAUUCUUAAUCUAAACAUUUUACGCUUUUAUCCAGUGCAAAUUAAAUACAAUGCAAGCAACUGAGGGCACUUGCAUGUGGUUGGGCUUGAACCAGUGACAUUUUGAUCAACACUCUGGUACUUUAAUUGCUACCACUGCCAGUUUUUAAUACAGCUGUUCAAAGACAUGUUCAGGGGUGCUUUAAAGAACCCAUGUUUACCUUUGUGUGAGAUGUUGAGUAAUCCUAAUCAAUCAUGCUUACAGUUCCUCACCUGUGAAUUCUGUUCUGUGUUGUGUUUGUACUGUGUUGGUUGCAUGCUCAGUGUAGAAACGUUUCUUAGACAUUUUAACCGCAGGACCACAGUAACAACAGCAUCCUCUGAGGUUCUUAGUCUUUUAUGACUAAAAGUAUUAACGCUUCACUGUGGAUCCUGAUCUAGUUUUUAUGAAAGCCUGUAGUGGAGGAUCAGUAGCAGUAGGCGCAGUCACCUGCAUGUGUCUGACUGCAUUACAUGUCAAAGAAAAACAGUUUUAGGAGUCGCAUGUGCUGUGCUAACGUCUGUGUAGCUGCUCGAAUCAGAAAAGUAAAUGUUGUGACAGUUGUCCUGUUGAAGGAAAUAAAAAUAAUACAUAAACGAGUAACAA